UAGACCCAGGAAGGCCGCCAUGCUGACCCGCUUCCUGGGGCCGCGGUACCGGCAACUGGCCCAGAACUGGGUCCCCACGGCCGGCGUGUGGGCGGCGGCGGGCGCCGUGGGGCUGGUCUGGGCCACCAACUGGCGGCUGGUGCUGGACUGGGUGCCCUACAUCAACUGCAAGUUCAAGAAGGACUGAGCGCGCCCGCCGGGGCGUCGCUUCCCAGGCGGUGAAGCUGGUCUGCAGGUGUCUAUCUUUCUCUCCCCCUCUCUGUCUUCCCCACCUCUCUCCAUUUCUCUCUGUCCUAUACAACAAUGAUGACAUCAAUAACAAC